AUGCCCCUCACACUCAAGACCAAGAAGACUGAGAUUGAAUCGAUUCAUUAUCACAAGGAGAUCGUCGAAGGGGCGGAUAGAUGCGAAAAUCAUCAGCCCUGUACAACUAUAGGUGCAUACGAGCCAAAGCGAUGGUGCGCGGAACACAAUGGCCUCAAUUUGCAGAAUCUCAGAUCCUUGAUGAUCUUACCAGUGACCGGGUCAGCUCAGGCAGAGGCAAUGUGCUUUUUCAAGGAUAUUUCGAUCAAGCAUCUGAAUGAAUACCGCCCUUGCAAAUCAUGGCGGAAGACUCUCAUGCUUUUUUCCCAAACGGUGCCACCAGUGCGGCAUGCUGCUAUUGCUCUGGCCAUGAUUCACCGUGUUUACCUGAACCGUCACUUUAACGAUCGGGUAUAUCAACCGCCUUCCUUGAAAGACCGGCUACCUGAUAAGGCUCCUCUGCUUCACUAUAACCGCGCCAUUCAACUUCUGUUGAGCCUGAAAAGUGCUGACAGCACCGAAAUAACACUUGUCACCCUUUUGGUCUGUUAUCUCUUUACCUGCUUUGAUCAUCUGGCGGGCGACGAUGUACAAGCAAUGAAGCACCCGCGCGGAGGUGUGGCACUCUCACACUACAUCGACAACGCUACAUUGAACAACUAUAUUUCCGACGACGCAUCAACCUCAGGAGUUCACGCGAUUAUCUGCCAGGUCACAAAACAAAUUCGCCGUCUUGACAUGCAGGCCAGCAUGUUUCUGGUCGACUGGAGUCCAGCCAACAUCCAAGAGACAUUCAUGUCCCAUCUCACACUCUUCAACAACACCUUUUGGUCACUCGAACAAGCUGCCGACCGUCUCCAGAUUCUUAUCGCUCAGGUCAUGAGGUUGUACAACACAGAGCAACAAAUGUCCCCGGAGGGUUCAAUGCCGCCGUUACCUUCUACACUCAAGGACAUCGUUCUAGGGCAUUUAGAAACGUGGUCAGAUCUCUUCGAACACCUGCUACAAAAAGGCAUUCCCUCUGAGUCUGUCUUUAAAACUAACUCUCUCGUAUCGCUCCUUCGCUUACACCAUACUAUCGCAUUGACUCUUCUCAGAAGUUCUGGACCUGGCAGAGAAAUGGACUAUGACAAUUUCCUAACCCAAUUCCAGCAAUGCGUUGCAUUGGCAGGCGAGGUAGGGACGGCACAUCAGCGGUAUUCGGGGUCGUCGAGGUCGACGUUUACGCCGGAGAUCGGAUUUAUUCCCGUUCUCUACCUAGUCGGGAUCAAGUGCCGGCAUCCUAUUGUCCGCCGCGAGGUCUUGAGUAUUUUGCGACGGCAAACAAUACGGGAGGCGGCUUGGGAUAGCAUCUCUACUGCCAGGGUGGUUGAGCGGGUAAUCGAGAUCGAAGAGGGUGCGGCUGGGAAAGAGCAAACGAUACAGCGCAUGGAACAAAUUUCCGCAUGGCAGAGGAUUGAGGCAUUGUCUUUUAUACAUAUCCCAAAGGGACAGUCUGCGGCCAGGUUGGAUAUCAAGUACACAUUCUGCACCCGGGUGGAAAUACACAUUGAAUCGCUUUUGACAGAACGGAGUGAGCAUCUUAUCAUGUCAAAUAAUCGAUAA